AUGUCGACGCCGGCUGGAACUCAGGCAACCGCCGACAGUGUCGUGCUCCCCUCAAAGCGGAGCAUGAAACGCGCCGCAGCGCGGGAGCGCCAAAGACGAUUGUAUGGACCGCGCGAAACUUCAAAGGAAGCGGCCUUCAUGGCUCCGACAUACUUCCAAAAACCCGAGGCCGCCCUCAAGCGUGCCCAGGAGUUGAUCCAUGUCGGCAAAGAACAAGAUGCUCUCGAUGCUCUGCACGAAACGAUUAAGGCCCGUCGUCACAAACAAUGGAGUCAGACUCACGAGGAGAUCAUGAUGCUCCACGUGACGUUGUGCGUCACCUUGCGAAAACCGCAUAUGGCCAAGGAUGCCUUGUUUCAGUAUAAGACCCUCACCCAGCAGGUUGCCGUGACCUCACUGGAGAAGGUGAUCAGCCACUUGCUGACCCAGGCGCAGCAAAAGGCCGAAGACGCCCAGAAGACGUCGAUUGAGAAAGUGGAAGAGAUUGAUGACUUGGACCAGGGUGAUGCUCCUGAGCACCUCCUGCUCUCUGUCGUCUCCGGAGCUGCUGCUCAGGAUCGUAUGGACCGCACGGUGCUUGCGCCCUGGCUUCGCUUCCUUUGGGACAGCUUCCGGAACUGCUUGGAGUUGCUGCGCAACAAUGCGCAGGUGGAACACCUCUACCACAAGGUCACGCGCCAGUCUCUGGCCUUCUGCGCCAAGUACCAACGACGCACUGAGUUCAGGAAGCUCUCCGAUCUGCUCCGUCUCCACUUGAACCAGAUCCAGAAACAGCAACACUUGCCUCAUGGAGUGAAGCUCAGCUCCCCGGAAUCGCUUGUGCUCAUGCAGGACACUAGGUUGUGCCAGCUUGACACGGCUAUUCAGAUGGAGCUCUGGCAGGAGGCUUACAGAUCAGCUGAAGAUGUGCAUGGCAUGAUGCAACUGUCCAAGGACAAAGAUCGUCGCAUGGUCAAGGUGUCCAGCUAUGUCAACUACUACGAUAAGCUCUCCCUCGUCUUCUGGAAAGCCGGCAACAGCCUCUUCCACGCCGCCGCCCUCCUCCAGAAGUUUGUCAUCUACAAGGACAUGAAGAAGACCUUUUCCGACGAGGAAGCACAGGACCAAGCCACUCGUGUCCUUUUGGCCACCCUCGCCAUCCCAGAUGGAGCUGAGCAACCAUCCGACCUCUGCAAGCACCUCGAUAUGGAUGAUCAUCACAUGGCCAACAUGCGAUUGUUGUCCAACCUCCUCAAGCUCCCGAUUGCCCCAACUCGGAGCAGCAUCCUGCGUGAGGCUGUGAGACUCGGAAUUCCGGAGAUGGCCAACCAGCCCUCGAUCCAGUUGCACAAACUCUUGGAGAGUGAUGUCUCGCCCAACAAGCUGUCUAGCCAGGCUGAGAUCGAGCUCAGCAAAGUGGCGUCAGUACCGGAGUACGGGCAGUACAUCGAGGCGCUCAGGAGUGUCAUUGCCACGAAGGCGAUCAAGCAGAUUGCUGCUAUCUAUGAUACGAUCUCGUGGGCGAGGCUUCGUCGCGUUGUUCCGUUCUACGAUGACUUGACUCUCGAGAGCUUUGUAGUUGACAUCAGCAAGCAUCGUGUGGUGCGAGCUACUGUCGACCACAGGGAGGGAUGCGUUCGAUUUGGAAGCGGGCUGGAUAUGCCGAGCAAUUUGGAUUUGGAGGAGAAUGAAGGAUUCGCUUCUGAUGACAACCAUGUUGGCAUCGGCAACAUCCGGUCUCAUUUGGAGAAGACGUGGCAGCGACUGAGAGAGAUCAACGAGUGGCUGGAGGGCCACAAGCAGAAGGAACGAGCUCUGGAUACCGUUAAGCGCCUUGUUGGUGUGUAUCAACAUCAUAAGGUUGCGGAUUACGAGCGUAUCCAACAAAGACGCCGCAAGAUCGAGAGCUACAAGGAGACCAGCGAGAGGGUCAAGGAGCAAAAGACCGCCCAAGCCAUCGCUGAACGUACCCAAAUGGAGGAGCGCAAGCGUGCUGAGGAAAAGAUCAGGCUCGAGAUUGCCAAUAAGGAGCAGGAGCAGAAGCGUCGUCUCAAUGAGCAAGAAGAGGUGCAACGCAAAAUCCGUGCCGACAAGAUGAAGAAGCUCCAGAGCAGCUCCUUGUACACGCACGUGCUCAAAAAUUAUACCGAGGAGGAGCUGGCCAACAUGGACCCCGAGGAGGUGCUGCGUGAACAGCGCCUUCGUCUCGAUGCCGAUCGCCAGGAGCAGCAGCAAAAGCUGCAGCAACAGGAGAAGAAAUUCGAUCACCAGAUCCGCGCCUUCCACCUCGAAGAGCUCAAGGAACGUCGUGCCGUUGAGGACCACCGUCGCACCAAGGCCCCCAAGCUCUUCAAGGAGUAUGAGGAUCGACGAGUGGCUGCUGCUAUUGCCAAGCACGAGAACGCCACCAAGAUGUGGGCUCAGCUAGAAGCUGUUCACGAGAUAGCUCUCGACUGGUUCGAAAAGGUCAAGGAGAACAGAGCCGAUGAGUUUGCUGCUAAGCGCGAUGAAUUCUACCAAAAGGUGGAUGCUGUUCGCCAAGAUCGUCUGGCCGACCGUGCCGAAGCCAGGGCUGAAGAACGCCGUCGUGAAUGGCGCAAGAAGAAGGCCGAGGAAGAGCGCCGUCGACGUGAGGACGAGGAGCGUCAAAAGAUGCAGCUCCUUGAAGACCAACGUCGUGCUGCCCGUGGCGACCGCCCGGAACGUCGCGGCGACCGUAUGGACGAUGCCUCAAAAGCCAUGGCAGACGACAACUGGCGCGGUGGAGGCGGACGUCCCGCAUUCGCGCCUAGAAGCGACUUUGAUCGGUCUGGUGAUCGUGAUCGUGAUCGUGCUCCGAUGCGCGGUAUGGAUCGUGGACCGCCACCAGAGCGCGAUUAUCCCUCGUCCGCUGCGGAUACCGAUCGCACCUGGCGCUCAGGCAUGGGAGUUCCUGCUCGAGCACCUCCUGCUCGUGAACCUAUGCGGGAUGGUCCAUCGAGAGAUUCGGAACGUGUGCCGUUUAGGGCGGGAAUGGGACAGGUGCCUGAACGUCGUGAACCUAUUGCUAGGCAGCCGCCUUCAGUUGCUGACCAGGGGGCUUGGACUCGUGGAAAUGUUGUUGCGCGCCCCGAACGCCCCGAACCCACCCCUUCACCUGCUGCUGAGCCGGCACGCCAAGCUCCAGCUCCUCAAGCCAGGCCUGGUGCUUAUGUCCCGCCGAGCAUGAGGAAGAACAUGGGCCAGACCCCGGGAGCUCCAGCUGGCCAGGGCCCGGAGCAAUCCGAUGAUGGCUUCACCUCGGUCCGCCGUGGCAUGCCAACUCGUCCUCCUCCCCAACAGCAGCCCCCGAUCAAGCGCGAAGGCCCUCCACCCCGACAGCCUCCUGCUCCCCGAUCCGGAAAUGCCGAGAGUGACAACAACUGGCGUCGCAAU